CAGUCUUCCUUGAUCAAUUCAUCCUCACUGCAGGACAGGUAGCCAGGAAUACCUCAACAUGCAGUCCGCUCGUUUCUUGAGUGCCCGAGGGCGUCCCUUGGCGAGGUUGCCAUCCCUGCGUGGCUCCAGGGCCAUGGGCUCUUAUGCUACCUUCAAAGCCCCCCAGAUCAACAAUGAGCCUAAUAAACACUAUGCGCCCGGAUCCCCCGAUCGCAAGGCCCUCGAGGAUGCCCUUGCCACCGUCAAGUCCAAGGCUCCCUUGAACAUCCCUCUCACCAUCGCGGGCAAGGAUAUCAAGAGCUCCCAGGUCCUGAUGCAGUCGAGCCCCUCCACCCACUCUCCCAUCGCCUCAUACUCGAACGCCUCUGCUGCCGACGUCGAAGCGGCAAUCAACGCAGCGCUUGCUGCGAGGGAAUCCUGGGCGUCCGCCUCGUUCGCCGAUCGUGCCAGCGUCUUCCUCAAGGCUGCGGAUCUGAUUUCGAGCAAGUACCGCUACGAGAUUAUGGCGCUGACCAUGCACGGUCAGGGUAAGAAUGCCUGGCAGGCGGAGAUUGAUGCUGCGGCCGAGCUGUGUGAUUUCUUCCGGUUCGGGGUCAAGUAUGCGGAGGAGCUGUAUGCGCAGCAGCCUGCGCAUAACUCCGCUGGGGUCUGGAACCGUCUCGAAUACCGUCCUCUGGAAGGAUUCGUCUAUGCCAUCAGCCCCUUCAACUUCACCGCUAUCGGUGGCAACUUGGCCGGUGCCCCGGCCUUGAUGGGCAAUGUCGUUGUCUGGAAACCAUCGCCUUCUGCAAUCGCCUCGAACUGGCUGGUCCACCAGAUCCUCCUGGAGGCAGGCUUGCCCAAGGAUGUCAUUCAGUUUGUGCCGGGUGACGCGGAAGUCGUCACCAACACUGUCCUGAACCGGGCUGAGUUUGCAGCUCUGCACUUCACCGGUAGCACCGGUGUCUUCCGCACACUCUAUGGCAAGAUCGCCAGCGGAGUGGCCGAGGGCAAAUAUCGCAGCUAUCCCCGUAUCGUCGGUGAAACCGGUGGGAAGAACUUCCAUCUCAUCCACAAGUCCGCCGAUAUCCGCAACGCUGCUGUCCAGACUGUCCGUGGCGCGUUUGAAUUCCAAGGCCAGAAGUGCAGCGCUACAUCCCGUGUGUACGUGGCCUCCUCCGUUGCCGAUGCGUUCACCAGGGAGGUUGUCGACGAGGUCAAGAAGAUCAAGAUUGGCGAGCCAUCCGACUUCACCAACUUCUGCGGUCCUGUCAUCCACGAGGCAUCUUUCAACAAGCUCGCUCGGGUCAUCGAGGAAGCCAAGAAGGACCCGGAGCUUGAACUGCUGGUCGGUGGCACCUAUGACUCCUCCAAGGGAUGGUACAUCCAGCCCACCGUCUACCGCACUACGAACCCGGACCACCCUCUUCUCUCCCGCGAGCUGUUCGGGCCCAUCUUGGUGGUCCACGCCUACAAUGACGGCACCGAGGCCGACUUUGCCGACGUCUGUCGGAAGAUCGACAGCACCGGUGAAUAUGGCCUCACUGGUUCCGUGUUCGCUCAGGACCGCGACGCCGUGCGUGUGGCCGAUGCUGCUCUCCGCAACACGGCUGGAAACUUCUACAUCAACUGCAAGAGCACGGGUGCUGUUGUGGGCCAGCAGCCAUUCGGAGGUGCCAGAGCUAGCGGAACGAACGACAAGGCUGGAAGUGGAAACCUGCUUUCGCGUUUUGUCAGUUUGAGAUCCAUCAAGGAGGAGUUUGUCCCUACGUAUACGGUUGAGUAUCCCAGCAAUGCAUAGGGGUAUGGUAUAAAAGUUUCCUUGCUCUCUUUUUUGUGUGUGUGUGUGUGUGUGUGUCUAUAGAUGAGUGGCAUGGCGCUGGUCUGUUUUAUUUGCAUUUCUCUGUCUAUACGGAUUAUGACUCACAGUAUAUUAUCGAAUGAAAGCAAUAAUGAUGAAUCUCUCCAACUACCAUCUGCUUCUAAUCCGAAGCGCAAUUCUUCAACAACCGCUGCGUACUCUCCAUCGCCUGCCUCGCAUACUCAUUCAUAUCAUACUUCUUCCCCUUCCCCUCCGGCCCCCCGUCAAAAACCUCCACAGAAAACCAAUCGCGAAACCCCGUUCUCAAAACAGCUUGUGUCACCUCCUCAACAGGCAAAUAGCCCCCAUUAUACGGAAACGGCCGGAAAUCAUGACUCCAUUGACCCCGCGGCCGCAAUCCACCCUUGUCCUUCCUCUCAAUCGGGGUAGUGGGCUUAUAUGCAUCCGAGAUCUGAAGCAGAUAUAUCUUCUCCGGCGGGAUGGUGCGAGAAAGCUCCUGCAUGCUCGAUGCAAAGUUCCGCUUGAGGACCUCGAAGGGUACGUCUUCGAUUAGUCCCGAGGCCGUGGUGGGAUCACCCCAUUCCCCGCCCGCUGUCUGGAAGGUGUCUAAGCAUAAACCGACAUUGGGGCGGUCGACGGCUUUCACGAUCUCCCAGACGUCUUUCCAGGUCGGGGCGUAUGUGGCCCAGCACCAGUUUUCGUAGCAGAGGCGGAAGUUGCGCUUUGCUAGCAUGUCGGCCAGUUCGCGGAGGUCCGAAACGAGUUGGGCUUUGUCGGAGGUUAUUUUUGACGGGGGGGCGUCUGUUGAUCCGACCUGUCAUUACUAUCAGACACGGCGAGGAUAAAGAAUAAGGAGAGAGAGAGAGAGGAGAGGAAAACCUGCAACAUAUCCGUCCCGACAACAUUCAUAAUCUCAAUCCACCCGUUCGCCCUCGUAACAGCAUCCUGCCUCUCCGCUGAAUCCUUCGGCCACCCCUCCCAAUUCGCGAACGGCUGCAACAUAAGUAUCUUGAGCGAAUUGGCCUCGCACAGUUUGCGGAUCUCCCCCGCCGCCGUGAUCAGCUCCGCGUAGUUCCCCGUCGCGACUUGAUGGCCCAGUAUGCGUGACGCGUAGUCCACGAUGUCCGGGAAGCUGAGCUCGAUGGCUUUGAAGCCCGCUGCGGAGAUGGCUUCGAGCUUUUUGGGGAGGGUGUCGCUGGCGUCGCUGCCGAUGCUGCAGGAGGCGUAGCAGAGGGGGAUUUUUUGGAGGGAGGAGAAGGGGAUUGGGUGGCUCAUUUUCUUUGCUCUUUUCUCUUUUCUUCUUUCUUCUUUCGUCUCGUGUGUUUAUCCUGUCGGUUAUGGUUUGUGGUGUUGUCCUGUUGUUGGUUCUGGUCUGUCCGGUAGAUAUUAUUAUGUUGGAAUGGAAUUAUCCACGACAAUAUGAUAUUCUGUACGUCGAUACGGCUCGAUGUCUAGAUUUACUGGUGUAUUUCUCGCAAAUAUUCCUAGC